AUGCGUAGCCGGUGGCUCGGGGAGUUGAUCGGUUCAGGCAGACUUGAUGCAAGACAGCAUGAAGGGCAUUUCGAUAGCAAAGUUCUGCAUUCUGAUGCGAAGCGCGGAAGGACCAAAAUGAGGAAAAGCAAUGCGCAUUUGUGGGGACUUCUCUCUCUGGGUUCUGUCCGUCCUUCCGUUGGUUCUGAUGAUGGUGUCGAUUAUCUCGAUCGUGACAGUCCACGCGGCACACGCGCACAAUGUCACACAUGUGCUGAAUUGAUCUGCAAAUCCUCUGUCAGGAGUGCCAGCUGGGUUCUCUCCCAGCCAGAAAGUCUCUCAUCGGAUCUCGGGCCAAAGAGCUCAGAGUGGGACGGGCCACUCUUCAUGAGGCCAUCCAAGGUUGCUGUUGCCCCAGGUGUUACGGCAUCGUUAAUUUCUUUAUUUCCGCCCGCUCAGGGCAACCUCGUUUGGGGCCGCUCGGACUUAAUUUCCCCGUCUUUCGGCGGCUGGCGGCGUUGGUGCGUGCACAGCGAAAGCGUGUCAACGCAUCCAGCGAUUAUCGACAAGACACGGACGAUCCAUUUUGCGGUCGGCCGUAGAAAGUCGAUGCAGAAUAUCGUCAUAUGA